AUGUUGAAGGCUGUCAGAAAAGAGAUCUCUUACAUAGUAUUCAUCACAUUACCGUUUUUUCAUAGUUAUUACACAUACAAAAUGCCGUUAAUUCUGUUAUGCGGGUAUCCUUGUUCAGGUAAAUCAACCAUUGUCUCUUUAUUAGCUGACAUACUAAAGCAACAUUUACCUCAUUAUUCAAUUCUUAUUGUGGAUGAAUUUAAAAGUGGUAAUCUACAAUCGAAAAUAACAACUAACUAUGAUAUCAGAUGUGAUAUUUAUGCGGAUUCCAUAAAAGAACGUGAAUUUCGCGGUCAACAAAAAUCAGAGGUUGAACGAGCACUUACACAAAGUCAAUCGACUAUAGUAAUUAUGGAUGCACCCAAUUAUAUCAAGGGUUAUAGAUACGAAUUAUAUUGCAUGGCCAAAUCUCAUAAACAUCAACAGAUUGUUUUAUUCAGCGAUAUCCCACCUGAAAUUUCGGAACAUUGGAAUUCGAAAAUUAAUCGGUAUCCUGAUGAUCUGCUUUCGGAUAUGAUUAGCAGGUUUGAACGUCCUCAGUCUACACAGCGUUGGGAUAACCCACUUAUAACUAUUGAACCUCAUCUUUGGAACUCACCAAGCACUGAUAAUAUGGAAUCAGUAAUUAUACAAAUAAAACAGCUGCUAAAUAACAAAGGCAAAGGAAAGAUUCAACCGAAUAAAUCAACACAACUGACAAUUAUUUCAUCAUCUAACUACCUACAAAAUCUGGAGCAUAUCACGCAGCAAGUCGUAGAUCAUGUCCUUCGAAGUCAAACCAGGGGUCUUUCAUCAGUCGACCUCCCUAUGUGUUUCCAAAACGAGCAUAACCGAGAUGUAGUUCUUCAAAUUACCAACUCCGAAACCAAAUACACGAUUGGCAACCUUAUACGACUUAAACGUCGAUAUAUUGCGGUACAACGACUAAAAUUUGAUCAGUUAAAUACAGUUUCGGAUAAUGCUUCGAUUGCAACAAACUUUUUGCAGUUUAUUUCGUUCAAUGGGGAUUUAUGUGAUGAUGAGGCCAGUUAG